AAAGCAGAAGUGAAGAGGUGUGUCUUCAGCUUAGAUUAAAAAAGUUGACAGAGUAGAAGAGUAGACAGAGUAGUGACGAAGAGGCCACUUCACUGACCCACCAGAACAGCUUCACACUCCACAGGGACCACAGACAGACCACAGGGACUAGACACAAACAUGUCUGAGGACGUUUAUGGAAAUGCAGAUUCUUUUCACAAUACAAAACCAGCAGGUAACACAGAUGAAAACAUAUGUAUGAAUGACAUUACUAAAGGAUCUCAAAUGCGGACCCCACAUAGCUCUGGAGGACAAGACCGUAAGUGUGCAGGAUUUUCAAUCGGGGACUUAGACAAUAAAUCUCAUAUAAUGCUAUAUGCUCAAAUACUCUUGAACUCAUUUGUCGUCAUGUUCUCCCCAGGUCGCUACAAACUGGCUGUGGUGUUGGUCUGCAUUCUCCUUUUGGCUAUUACCAUCACAAUUCUGAAAACAAAUGAUUUACAGCUCAGGUACAAGAGCCUUUUAGAGGAGAAAGACCAGCUACAGCACCAAUACAACAACAUCACAGCAGAUAACGCACUGUUGGAGGAGAGGAAUGCCUUUCUAAUCCAUCAUGAAUCCCAGCUAGAGACAAACUUCAAUGCUGUGAUGGCUGAGAGAGAUGAACUACAGCGACGUCUUGGUGAGAUAGAAUCACAUCACAUUAAACAACAUGCAGUGGAUGUGAUCCUGGAUCCUGACACAGCAGCAUUGAGUCUCAUCCUGUCUGCUGAUGGGAAACAAGUGAAGACUGGAGACACACGACAGAAUCUCCCAGACAAUCCAAAGAGGUUUAAUAAGAGUUUCAAUGUGUUGGGAAGAGAGGGCUUCUCCACUGGCAAAUUCUAUUAUGAGGUUCAGGUUAAGGGGAAGACUAGGUGGACUAUAGGAGUGGCCAGGGAGUCCAUUAACAGGAAGGGACAGAUAUAUCUGAGUCCUGAAUAUGGACUCUGGACAAUAUGGCUGAGAAAUGGGACUUAUAAAGCCCAUGCUGAUCCCUCUGUUACCCUCUCCCUGAAGGGGACGCUCCAAACAGUGGGGGUGUUUGUGGACUAUGGUGCAGGUCUGGUCUCCUUUUAUGAUUCAGAUUGCUGGAAUCAUAUCUACUCAUUUACCAAUGUGUCAUUCACUGAGAAAAUCUAUCCAUUCUUCAGCCCCAAUCUGAAUAAGGAAGGUAAAAAUUCUGCACCUCUCAUAAUCUCCCCAGUCCAUGGCUGCCCAAUAAAGUAAAUAAUAUGAACUGUAAAUAUUUGUGGACAAUUCCGUAAAUGUUGAAAUGACACACUGAUUUGGGAUGGAUUUUUGUGCAUUCUGCUUUAGUUGUCAUGGCACAUGGUAUUUGGAUUAUACAGUAGGCCUACAAUAUUACAAUAUAACUUGCAGAACUAAUAAUGCAGAACUGUUUUCUUCAGUAUUUUUUUUCAACAGGUGCAGGACAGAUCUUUAAAGACAUUUUAUCUUGCCUACAUGAUACCUAAAGAUAUUGUAUCUUGCAUUACUGUCAGUGAUACUUUAUAAGGCCUACUUGUUCCACAAAAAAUGUACAGCUCCAGCAACACUGAACGGAACAACUCACUGAAAUGAAAUGAUACUUUCACUUUUAAUGAAGAGAUAAGAAAUGGCCCUAGAUCUCAUUGUCAAAUGUGUUGUGUUGGCUUCCAAUUCCAUUUUUGUACUUGUGACUGUAACACAGCUAGACUUUUCUGACAUGUACUCGUCUGCUUUUACUAAUACGUAGGUAAUACCUUUAUAUAUACAAAUUAUAAUAUCUCCUUGUGUUGGCAUUACAUGUACUACAAUAGAUGCAUUUUAAAAAGAAUAAAUGAAUAUGUUAGCAACUUUG